AUGACCAGCAUGCGGCGUACAUUGCCGCUUCUCCGCCGGGAUAUCAGUCUCUCCACGGCCAUAGAUGACGACGACAAUAUUCUUCAAGAACUCUCCUAUCCCAAACAGCGAGUCGACUUCUAUGUAUACCUUUAUCAACAUCGAAGCGUAAUCGAGUCAAUUGUAUCAUAUCACCUGAACCUAAGCAAGAAGCAGACGUGCCGUGUGGGGGAUGUCAAAGAGUGGAUCUCCGGGAGCUUCAACGUGUGCAUACCAGUUGACAUCAAUGGACGAGUUCUCAUUAGAUUCCCUUUGCUCUACAAAGUGGGAGAGGGUCAACACCCAGGCAAUGCAGACGAGAAGCUCCGCUGCGAGGCUGCCACUUAUGUUUGGAUCCGGCAGAACUGCCCUUCUAUACCUAUACCUCGAUUGUGGGGCUUCGCCUUUGCACAAGACUUAUGUUUCCUCGCGAUUGAGCACGCCAAUGUCUUAAGCAGAUUAAGAUGGUGUUUCCAUAAUAUGGUAUCAUUUGUCUUCGGAUUUCCGGUCCGACCACCUUACUUAAGUCGACGUUGCCCUUUCAACUUAACAACCGGAUAUCUCCUCAUGGAGUAUGUUGGAAACACUGAUACUGUGAUGCUUUCUGAAUCUUGGGACAAGUCACGCCACGACCACAAACGCAGAAGCAACCUUUUUCGCGGGCUGAGUCGAAUCAUCAUAUCCUUAGCUCAGUCCCCUUUCAAUCGCAUCGGAUCUCUAACAAUGAACAACCAAGGGAAUAUAAAGCUUACCAACCGCCCUCUAACACUCCGCCUUCAUCAGCUAGAAAACGAGUCCAUACCCACCAAUGUAGAUAGAGACCUCACAUAUUCAACAAGCGAUAGUUAUUACAUGGACUUACUCUCCUGCCACGACAGCCGCCUGCCCGACGGUGAAGCACAGAUGUCGGCCCUGACCAUUAUGCGAGCUCUGCUGCCACAUUUCACCUGCCGCGAUUAUCGACGUGGACCGUUCAUCAUGACCUUAACGGAUCUACACCAAAGCAACAUCUUCGUCGACAGAGACUGGAACAUCAAGUCACUCGUAGAUCUAGAGUGGACAUGCUCGUUACCAAUUGAGAUGCUCCGACCACCAUACUGGCUCACUAGUCGUGGGGUGGACCAGAUAUACGGAGAACACCUGGAUACUUUCAGCGAUAUGCAUGCUGAAUUUAUGCAUGUCUUUGACCAGGAGGAACAGGCUUAUGCUGGAGAGGCGGGAGCUAGGGCCUUGAACUUAACCAGUAUCAUGAAAAAAGGCUGGGGAAUUGGAAACUUCUGGUACUUCCAUGCCCUUGAAACUCCCAAGGGAUUAUACAAUAUUUUUUCUGGAUCACAUACAACCAAGUUUGAACGGACUAUCUCGCCGUAUUGGGCUCCGGAUGUACAAGAAUUCCUGGAUGGGAAGAUGAACGACAAAGAGGUAUAUGAAGGUCAUCUUCGCGAUGCUUUUGCAGGAGCGGAAGAAGGAUGA